AAAAAAAUUAUUUCACUACUGUCUUCUUCGUCUUCUGCACAGCAAAACACCAUAAAUCUAACCCUAAAUCUUCCAACAAUGGCCCUCCUCUACGCUACAGCUUCUCCUUCUCUAACCAAUUUUCCCACACCACAUUCAAUAAUUUCUUACAUCAAUAAUCCAAUCCCUAAUUUCCAAACCCUCACAAAACCUGCACACCACCUGUUUGUAAAAAUUCCUCAAUGGACCUCACAACCCACAAUCAAUCCGGCAAUAAAUCCGAACCUCAGCCGCCGGAAAAGAGCCCGUCCACGUCACUUUUCCGACCAAAUCUCCACUCCUCGCACGCCAAUUUCCCGAUCAUCGCCGUCGCCGUCGUCGGCAUUUUGGCCACAGCUGUCCUGCUGAUCAGUUACUACAUCUUCGUUAUCAAAUGUUGCCUGAAUUGGCACCGGAUUGACCUCCUCCGCCGGUUUUCGAUCUCCGGCGACCCAGCGGCGAUCGACCCAUCUGCGGCGGCGGAAAGCCGCGGGCUCAAUGAGGCUGAAAUUCGAUCGAUUCCGACGUCACUUUUCGACGGAAUUAACGAUCGAAUCAGCUGCAAAGAAUGCGCCAUUUGUUUGAGCAAAUUCGUGAAAGAUGAUAAGCUUAGAGUGAUGCCGACCUGCAGCCAUUCUUACCACAUCGAUUGCAUCGACAUUUGGCUUCAGACAAACAACAAUUGCCCGCUUUGUCGUCGGACGACCAUUGCAGCCGGAAUCGACAAUAAUCGGAUUCUUUCGCCAAUUCACGACGAUUUUAGAAAUGAAGAUCAUAUUGUCAUUGAAUUGGGAUCAGAGCAGGGAGAUUCUGCCAAUCCAGGGCUGUCCGAAGUUAAGGAUAUGUUCGAUUCGGUCGAGGUUACGAAUAAUCGAAGAAAUAAAAGCUUUGCGAUUGGGAGUAUGGACGAUGAAUGGAUUGGGAAUAGGAAGAAAGAUGAAGAAUUUGUGGGGAAGACGAUGAUAAGGAGGUCGUUUUCGAUGGAUUCGGCACCCGAUAUUCAAUUGAUGUAUUUAUUAUGUGAGAAAGAAAACAACGUUGGAUUUGUAUUGUCGAAUGAAGGUUGCAGUAGUAAAGGGAAAAGAUCGAUUUUUUCCUUUAGGCAAGCAAAGUUUUCGAAGAGUACAGUUCAACCUGCUCCAUUGGAGCCAUGAUGUAAGAAUUUUCUUCUUUUUUUUUUUUUUUUGUUCGAAAAUCUACAUUUUAUCUACUCAGAUUUAUCUUUAGGUUGUAUAGUUUUGUUUUUUGUUUUUUGUUUUUUUACCAUUUUGUUGUUUAUGAUGAUUUGGUGGAUUGUAUUUGUAUGGAAAGGCGGGUGAAUUUUCAA